ACUCACUUGCUUGAUUUUUAUGUCUUGCAUUGGGCAUGAAAGUGUUGCCUUCCUCUUGGACGGACACACGAAUCCGUCUUCAGCAAUCAAUCAAACUUGUGGUACUUACAAUAUUUACAACAAAAUAGAUGCCAUUGAAAAAGAGACUCAGAAAAAAAUCCACGACAUGGAGACGAUGAUGCGUCAAGUUUUGCUUACAGUUAACCAGAUGGAUGUCAAGUUGGAAAACAGCAACGUUCACAACAUGAGUCUUGAAAUUGAAAGACUAAAGAAAGUAGUUUCCAACGAUGUAAAAAAUUCAACAGAAACGGGUAUCGGGUUUACAGCUAAACUUACUCAUAGUACGUACAAAAGCACCACUGAUGUUAUCAAAGGUAAUGCUCCUAUAUUUAACUCCGGGAAUGCGUACAAUGGAUCGGUAUUUACAUGUCCAAUCCAGGGACUGUAUUUCUUUCAUGUGUCAGUGUUAACAAAUACAGAUGAUAGUGGUGCAUGGAUCUACAAAAAUAGUCAACAGCUUACACUUGCUUAUACUGGUUAUGGUCCUCACUUCAACGGCGCAUCUGUCUCAGUGGCCAUUAGGUUAAACAUUGGCGAUCAAGUGUACCUACGACCUUACAGUAAUUCACUCAAUUUGGAUGAGAAUUCUGCCUUCACUGGAGUCAAAAUAAAUUAACAUUUAUUCUU